AUGGCCAUUAAAAAAGGCAUCCGAGAGGACCCAGACAGACGUUCUGCGAAUCUGUGGCAGUACACGGCAAAGGGAAGUCAGAGCUGCUCCCCAGCAGAUGAGGAGCUUCUCCUGCAUUACAUCCUGACGAAGGACAUGACUGGAAAGGAAGACGUGUACCGGGGCCCAGCCAUCAGGGCGCUCUGCAGGAUCACAGACGGAACAAUGCUGCAGGCCAUCGAGAGGUACAUGAAACAGGCAAUUGUGGAUCGAGUCUCCAGUGUGUCCAGUUCCGCCCUGGUUUCGUCCCUGCACAUGAUGAAGAUCAGCUACGAUGUGGUAAAGCGCUGGAUCAAUGAAGCUCAGGAAGCGGCCUCAAGUGAUAACGUCAUGGUCCAGUACCACGCCCUGGGGGUCCUGUAUCACCUGAGAAGGAAUGACCGGCUCGCUGUCUCGAAGAUGCUCAAUAAGUUUACCAAAUCGGGACUCAAGUCACAGUUUGCUUACUGCAUGCUGAUCCGCAUCGCCAGUCGCUUACUGAGGGAAAGUGAGGAGGGCCACGAGAGUCCACUCUUCGAUUUCAUCGAAAGCUGCUUGAGGAACAAACACGAGAUGGUGAUCUAUGAAGCUGCCUCGGCCAUCAUCCAUCUCCCCAACUGUACUGCACGGGAACUGGCGCCUGCCGUUUCAGUUCUUCAACUUUUCUGCAGCUCUCCAAAGCCAGCCUUACGGUAUGCAGCUGUAAGGACCUUGAACAAGGUGGCCAUGAAACAUCCGUCUGCUGUGACUGCCUGCAACCUGGACCUGGAGAACUUGAUCACGGACUCAAACCGCAGCAUCGCCACCCUGGCCAUCACCACCCUCCUCAAGACAGGGAGUGAGAGCAGCGUGGACAGGCUCAUGAAACAGAUAUCUUCUUUCGUGUCUGAAAUUUCUGAUGAGUUCAAGGUGGUGGUUGUCCAGGCAAUCAGCGCGCUCUGCCAGAAGUACCCUCGCAAGCACGGUGUCAUGAUGACUUUCCUGUCCAACAUGCUCCGAGACGACGGGGGCUUUGAGUACAAGCGGGCCAUCGUGGACUGCAUCAUCAGCAUUGUGGAGGAGAACCCGGAGAGUAAAGAAUCGGGGCUAGCCCACCUGUGCGAGUUCAUUGAAGACUGUGAACACACCGUGCUGGCCACCAAGAUUCUCCACUUGUUGGGCAAAGAGGGGCCCAGGACGCCUGCCCCUUCCAAGUAUAUCCGCUUUAUUUUCAAUCGGGUGGUCCUGGAAAACGAGGCCGUCAGAGCUGCUGCUGUGAGUGCUCUGGCGAAAUUUGGGGCUCAGAAUGAGAGUCUUCUCCCAAGCAUCCUGGUGCUCUUACAAAGGUGUAUGAUGGAUACAGAUGAUGAGGUCCGGGACCGAGCAACCUUCUACCUGAAUGUGCUGCAGCAGAGGCAGAUGGCGUUGAAUGCCGCAUACAUCUUCAACGGUCUGACGGUCUCGGUACCAGGGAUGGAAAAAGCUUUGCACCAGUACACCCUGGAGCCUUCGGAAAAGCCCUUCGACAUGAAAUCCAUCCCUCUUGCUAUGGCUCCUGUCUUUGAACAGAAAGCAGAAAUCACACUUGUGACUAAUAAGCCAGAGAAGUUGGCUCCUUCCAGGCAAGACAUUUUCCAAGAGCAAUUGGCUGCCAUUCCUGAGUUUAUGAAUCUAGGACCCUUGUUCAAGUCUUCUGAGCCUGUUCAACUUACAGAAGCAGAGACUGAAUAUUUUGUUCGCUGUAUCAAGCAUGUGUUUACGAAUCACAUUGUGUUUCAGUUCGACUGCACCAACACUCUGAACGACCAGCUGCUGGAGAAAGUGACCGUGCGGAUGGAGCCCUCGGACGCCCACGAAGUGCUCUGCUGCAUCCCGGCCCCCAGCCUCGCUUACAACCAACCAGGAAUGUGUUACACUCUGGUCCGUUUGCCUGAUGAUGACCCCACAGCAGUCGCAUGCACCUUCAGCUGCACCAUGAAGUUCACAGUCCGGGACUGUGACCCCAGCACCGGCGUUCCAGAUGAGGAUGGCUAUGACGAUGAGUAUGUGCUGGAAGAUCUCGAAGUAACCAUGUCAGACCACAUCCAGAAGGUGCUGAAGCCCAACUUUGCUGCAGCCUGGGAGGAGGUGGGCGAUACCUUUGAGAAGGAGGAGACCUUUGCCCUCAGCUCUACCAAAACCCUAGAAGAAGCCGUCAGCAACAUCGUCACCUUCCUGGGCAUGCAGCCGUGUGAGAGGUCGGACAGAGUCCCUGAGAACAAGAACUCCCACGCUCUCUACCUGGCAGGUGUGUUCAGAGGUGGCUGUGACUUAUUGGUGAGGUCCAGGCUGGCCUUAGCGGAUGGAGUGACCAUGCAGGUGACCGUCAGAAGCACAGAGGAAACACCUGUAGAUGUUAUCUUAGCUUCUGUUGGCUAAGCUUUCAGCGGGCAGGAUGGUGUAGGUGUGCGUGCACUGUCAGUGGGCUUGAAGCUAGUGGCGCCAGGGCCCCAGACUCACCCUUGGAAAGAGUGAUGCACUGGGAGGAGCAAACUGAGCAUCAGGUCAAGCCAGCGUCUGUCUGUCCUCAUGCAUGGGUGUUUCUGUGGUCUCCUCCCUCCUCCUUUUCGCUAUACUUUGUCAGCUUUGGGUGGUCUCUGUUAUCCCAGCUGCUUAUUAACGUCAUUAGUCUUGCUUUAAUGUGCGUCUGAAAGUUCCUGGCAACGUCAGCAAAUUUUUAUCCCCAGGGGGGGCAGGGGGCGGGGAGCCAGAGUCCACUUUUGUCAAAAUUCAUUUUUAUUAUUAGAAAAUAAACACUUAUUCCACGUUCAUUGUUGUUCUACUUGAAGCUGCUAAUUAAAAAAAAAUUGAAAAAUCA